AUGGGUGCCAACACUAAGUCCAACUCGAUCCUGGGGUCUGUGGCGGUUGUUUUAGGUCUGGCUGUUGACGCUGCCGCAAUUCAGCUGUUCAAUUCAACUCCGUCUGGUAUUCCUUCAACUUGUGGCGAUGCCUUGGUGAGAGAUAUCACCUGUGAUGAGCUCUACUCAGUCUCCACAAUCGCCAAUCAACAAUACAUUGGAAACAAAACACUUGAAUCAAUCUGUAUCCCAGACUGCAAAAAGUCAUUCAAUGACUAUCGCACAAGUGUGGAAACUGCCUGUGGAACCACAGUAUAUGACUUUUCGGGUGUCAACCAAACAGUCCAAAGCUUCUUGGAUCCUCUGACUUGGGCUUAUAAUGUUUCCUGCCUGACAAGCGGUGACGAAUACUGCUACACGGACAUCACCAACCGCAAUACUAGUAUUGAGCAUUGCUCGGAAUGCUUCCUCAAGUAUGAGGCUGUUAUGCUAGGCUCUGUGUACGCGUACCAGCUUCAAGCUACCCUUACUCAACGCCAACAAGUACCAGCACCUCAGCGGCCUCAUCCACUACCAGCUCACCCAUUCCAACUUGCACUGGGACCGCUUACACCGUCCAACAUGGACAGAGCAGGUUAA